AUGGCUUACGAAAUCUGCAGCGCUUUGGAACUUCCAGCAUAUCCUCAACUUUCAUUAGAAAACGAAGGCGAGUUCAUCGUUUUGCCUGUUGACCGAGCUGCUAUGGAAAUAGCUGGAAACAACCCACCUAUUAAGUUGGCCAAGCAAAUGUCAGAGCUUAAUGAGUUUCUACAAAGUGUAGAGAACGUGGAUUAUAUGACACUAGUUCAUGAUGGACGAUCCUUAACUCAAGAUCAUCCUUUGGAAGUUGCUUUAAGACUAAUGGUGCAGCCUUACAUAUUUAGCGAGUUAGAAAGUGGCAGAAAAUGCGAAGCAGAUGUGAAUAUUGGGAUUUAUGUUCCAAACUCGUAUAUAUCUGAAAGAGGAAUUUGGGAUUGCGAAUAUUUGAAUCCACAUAAUGUUUUCGAAAAGCAAGCCCACUAUGUUCUUGAGUCAGACAAAAAAUGCUUUUCUCCAGUUCUGCUCAAAUUUAGCACUUGUAUCCCAAUUCAUGUAUUUUAUUCGCUAAUCAUUUAUCAUAGCGCAGAGAUUAGAAAAUUUGCAAUUGCUAGCUCCCCUAUUCCCUCUGUGAGUGAACAAAACCAUUGGAAAAUCCCUAUUUUUUGCCCAAAACCCAUCUCCGUCAGUAACAAAAAUUUUUAUAUAUAAGUAAUAAUAAUUAGUAUAUGAUCUCUAGCUAAUUCUGUUUAAUUUUGAACAAAUUGCAUUUUAAAACAUAAAUUUUACAAAUUAAAUAAAUAUUUGCUUUUAAAUUAUGCGAAUUGAGAUUUUUUUAAAUUUCGAAAAAAAAAUAAUUAACUAUAAAAUUUAUAUAUAAUUUUUUAAAAAAAUAAUUGACCACGGAAAAUUUUUUUUUUCGAUCACGGAGGGGGGAGUAAGCACGUGCUCUUAAUUGAUGAUAAAAAUGAUCUUAGUCAAAUAGCUGAAAGGGUCGCCAUAUCAGAAGACUCAGCAUCAAAACAAAAUGCCAUGGACUCUUGUCAUUGGGUUUUCGAUAGAUUUUCCCCUGAUACCAGGAAGCCGUUCGAAUCUGAUUUGCUCACUCGGCUCUUCGCAGAAAUUAUUAAUGAUGGCAACAGAUCUGAAGUCAUAAGAGAUUUCUGGCUAAACAUUUUCUACUAUCUGGUAUGGGACCAAAGCGGAAAACCUCAAGGAGAUUUCAAUUUUGGAGAGCACCAAUACUUGCAGCUGGCAGAGAACAGUCUUAAUCAAGUCGAAUAUGAUCAUAAAAGCCGAAUUAACUGGGCAACGGCUGCAGUUGCAAGCUUUGUAAAGCGACUUCAUAGGGAACUCACAAGUUGGAUAGGAGAAUUUUAA